GAAGAUAUUUCUAAAUGGGAUGUUUCUAAUGUAAAAAAAAUGAAUUAUGUAUUUGCUGCAUGUGAAAAAUUCAAUCAACCUAUUGGUAAUUGGGAUGUUUCUAAUGUUACUGAAAUGAUAGGUAUGUUUUCGGACGCUGAAUGUUUUAAUCAAUAUAUUGGUGAUUGGAAUGUUUCUAAUGUGACUAAUAUGAAAAAUAUGUUCUAUCAAGCGGAGGCUUUCAAUCAAGAUAUAUCUAAUUGGAAUGUUUCUAAUGUGAUAAAUAUGGAAUUGAUGUUAUUAGGUGUUUAG